AAGUCCAUGUUAAGAAAGCCUUUCUGCUCGCAGGUUAGGAAAGGAGUGGCAGGUGAAGUUCAGAGCGACAGUCAGCUGUCACCGCAGUGUUCAGAAUGGCGAGAAGGAGGCGAAGCAGAGGGAACAAUGCUCAACAGCUACAGAAUGCACCCAACCGAAGAGGACACACUCAGAGGGCUCUGCGGGAGCCAGCGGUCUACGCUAAGCCAACAGGCUUCAAGUCCGAGGUUCCCCAUGAAAAACUGACAAUUACUCAAGCACGGAAGGGAACACCAGCUAAUCGCCCAGUGAGAGUCUACGCUGAUGGAAUAUUUGAUCUUUUCCACUCGGGACACGCUCGAGCUCUGAUGCAGGCCAAAAACGUGUUCCCCAACACCCACCUGAUAGUUGGAGUGUGCAGUGAUGAGCUUACACAUAAGUUAAAGGGCUACACGGUGAUGACAGAAGAAGAACGCUACGACGCCCUCAGGCACUGCCGAUACGUUGAUGAGGUGGUGCGAGACGCCCCUUGGACCCUCACCCCAGAGUUUCUCAAGAAACACAAGAUUGACUUUGUGGCCCAUGAUGACAUACCAUACACCUCUGCUGGAUCAGAAGACGUUUAUAAGCACAUCAAGGAAGCAGGAAUGUUUGUUGCCACUGAGAGGACAGAAGGCAUCUCUACGUCUGAUCUGAUCACUCGCAUCGUCCGAGAUUAUGACAUCUAUGUCAGGCGAAACCUGCAAAGAGGCUACACAGCCAGGGAGCUCAAUGUUGGGUUCAUCAAGGAGAAUACGUAUCGACUCCAGAACCAAGUGGACAAGAUGAAGGAGACGGUCCGAACUGUUGAGGAAAAGUCGAAACAUUUUGUCAACAGGGUGGAGGAGAAGAGCCAGGACCUAAUUCACAAAUGGGAGGAGAAGUCACGAGAAUUCAUCGGCAAUUUCCUGGAACUUUUUGGUCCAGAUGGAGCAUGGCAUGUAAUACAGGAGCGAAGCGGCCGCAUGCUCCAGGCGCUCUCUCCGUACUCAUCACCUCGUGGCUCCCCCAGCAGCAGCCCCACCAGAGCAAACUCAACGCCUCCGGACUCCCCCACCAGCACUGCCUUUCGGCCUUCCUCCCCUACCUCCGCACACAAAAAGAGAUCACGUUCUUCACCUAAAGUGUCUUCCACAGACAGAAGACCUGUUCAAUAAGCAUUUUGCUGAUCUUAAUCUCUUAAAUUAUGUUGCAUAAUCUCGUCAAUAUCUGAUUGCUUUUGUUAGAAAUACGAUGUACAAAUGGGGUUAUUUAGCAUUUCAAGGUGAGAUAUAAUGUACAUAGGUUAUUGUUGAAGAAAAAUAAGGCUUAAUAUUAUUACAAUAAAGUUUAGUUUGGAUGUCA